AUGCAUCUCAAAAUUUAUAGGAAAAUUACUAUAAUUUUAAACACUUUCAAAGCAGUUUGUAUUGAUAUUUCUAUAUUUGGAUUAUAUUUAACUUCUAAAGGCCGUCUUUUUUUUGAAAAUAAAAUCAAUAAUUCUGAGAAUUUAAGUGAAAAUUCAAAAUUGGCGGUUCUGGGAUCAAAAUUGAUGGAGCACUGUACUUCCUGA